GGCACGAGUGCACGGGCACGAGCGUGCGUGCGUUUACUGGAAGCACCUCUGAACGGAGGGGGCGGAGCCUUACGAACAUCGACUUUACUCACUGGAAACUGCCUCCAGUAACCUUCCAACACACACACACACACACACACGGAAUCAGAGGGUGUCCGGCAGAUAUCACUGCUGCUGCCACAUUCCUCUGCUCGGGAAAAGAAGAACCCCACAGACUUUUUGGAUACUCGUUUUGGAUUUUAAUGCCUGACUUAAUCACUCAGAUAGCACUACUUUCGGGUAGUUCGCCUUUCUUCUUCGGCGACGAGGGGCUGCGGUACGGCGCUGAACGAAUCCGGACGCUGGGUUUAGGUGUUCUCUCACAGCCACUCUCUGGAUGCAUCAAACUCCUCCUCCCCGGGGCCCUGGACCCGGUGCGUGACCCCCACGCCCUCACCCACUCCCCUCUCCAUCCCUUCUCCCUCCGCUUCAAGCUCCCCGCCUCCUGCCCACCCCGAAGCUCCCGCUCUCGGCCCCCUGCCUCUCGACCGCUUGGCAGAGGCAGGGGGCAAUGGCGCCAUGGUAGCUCUCAGUGGACGCAACUUUCUCACUAUGAGCGCCGCCUCCACCUCGGAGGACAAGGUUCAGGGGUCAAACCUCACCCCCCAUCACUUCAAACCCUUCGGCUCGCAUGAACACUACAAACAGGUGAUGUGUGCUUUUCAUAAGCUUCAAGAGAGUGGCUUUUACUGGGGGGCUCUUGGGGGCAGAGAAGCCAGCACACUGUUGCGCUCUGAACCCCCUGGGACUUUCCUGAUCCGGGACUCGUCAGAUCAUCACUACUUCUUCACGCUGUCUGUGAAGACCACCCUGGGAACGAGGAACCUGCGCAUACACAGCGGCGAGGGCGGCUUCUUCCUUCAACCGGACCCUCAGAGCACCCAGAGGAUCCCGCGUUUUGACUGUGUGCUGAAGCUCAUUGCACACUUCAUGGGGAAAGGGACGGACGCCGGAGGUGCCCGAGACAAAGCGAGUGGAGGCGGUUCGGAAGAGACGACGAAGAAGAGGGGACAAAACGUGUAUUUGAUUCACACGGCGGGAGAGAAGAUCCCCCUGGAGUUACAGCGACCCCUCUGCACCUCUCUGUCAACUCUGCAGCACAUGUGCAGGAGGACGCUGAACGACAGAGGCAUGGCGGGGACGGGGACCGAGGACAUCCCCAGCACGCUCAGAGACUUCCUAGAGGCCUAUGAUGCUCCAAUUUGACUGACAGGAUCUGCAAUGGAUGAGAGGCCUGACGGACAGCACAGAACAGAACAGCCGCCGACGUUUAAUAGAAUGUUGGCGCCAUCACUGACUGACCAAACUGAGCCUAAGAUACUAAAAUAAGGCCAGUUUUUCCUAUGGGAAGAGUCAGCCAAUGGCAGAUUUUUUUAAAUGAACGGUAUAAACUUUCUACCUAGUUGUGGAUUAGGAGUGAGAUUCUCUCUUCAUUCCUGCCUUUGGAAAAACUAACAUGAGUAGCAGAUGAAGGUCAGCAGGCCAUCGUUUGUCUCGCUCAGACGCAGAGCAAAGCCUCGUAGAAGAUUAACUUGAUUGGUCGAUGUAAACCGCAAAGGCUUGUUCGAUACGCCAGCGGGUUUCACAGGUUCAAAGACCUCCCCUCUGUAAUAUUUGCAACAAGAGAGAAGAUGCUGAGAGGGAGUGAAUCAGAAUGGAUAGGGGGGCAAAACAGAAAAGCCUAAACGUGGAACAUGACCUCCAUUAUUUGUUUGGGACGAAUGUUUUUGUGUUGUGGUGAGGGCGCAAAUUUCCAUUGCCAUUUCUCGCAAAUGUUGCCACAUUUGUGGGAAGUACAAUGCACGCUAACUACACACAAACAUGCAGGUACAGGCUAUUAUGAAGUUUUGUUAGAGUGGGACAAAAAAAAAUAACAUUACCAAGCAUUUUUCUCCUUUUCCACUUUUUUUCCCCUUUUUCCAAUAAUCCCUAUUUUUGAUGUGACAGAAAACAGACUACUGUCACGGAGACAAAAGCUUGUUACUGGCACAAAAGCUUUGGGUGGGACUAAACAAAGAAGCAGAACUUUAUUUUUGUCCUGACUGGGUGGAAAAAUGUCAGCGACACUGUAAAGCUCACUGGGAAUUGACAAUGAUCCCAGAGAUAAGGGAGAGUUUGCUUAGGGGGGAGAAGAAGAAGAAGAAGGAGGAGAAGAAGGAGGAGAAUGGCGAGCGGGAAAGAGAUUAGAAAAGGGAAAUUGAAGAGGAUGGAGAAGCAGGGUGGUGGAGAAGGGGAGGAGACAUACCGGUAUACAGCCUAACAAAAACACUGAUGUGAUUGAGGAUAAGAGUUCAACGGGGACAGUGCUCCUGUAAACAAAACAGGCGAUAAAAGAAAAGUCUCAGUUUAGUCUCAAUUGUGCCUCUUAGGCCCUCUCAGGUGAACAGCUUUUUCUUCACUCCCGUCUUUGUUCUCCCCCUUUCCAGCAGAGCUUUUUAGCAAAAUGUGGGCUUUUUUUACCACAUUUUUUUUCUCGGAGAAGGAGACAAGUCUUGGUUUUGCCUGCAUGAUAGAAAAAAAGUGAAAAAUUCCCUGCAAAAAAAGGAGACCUAAAGGUUUAGUCUUUUCUAUUUGCCCUCCUCUACUUUAGAUCUAGAAGGGAGAACAUUUUCUGCGCCGUUUAUUGUUUUUUAAACCCUUUUUUUUUCAAUAGGCGCAUUAAAUCACAGGACAGAUCUGGGUUUUAACUCUUCCCCCAUAUCCACAAAGUAGUUUUUUUAUGUACAUGUGCUACAGCAGUGGACCAUGUGUAGGUAAAUCAUUUGUCUUUUAUAAAGACUCUUGCUAAAAGGCUGGCCACUAGUCUGGCAAAAAAAAAGAAAGAAAAAAAACAAGCUGAAACAUCCGAAAU